CACCACUUACUUUUAUCGUGAAAUUUUGGUUCUUCUUGUUCGAUUGUUUCGUGGGUAUUCGUUCAUGAUGGCGUUCUUGCCUUCUCCGCCUAACUCUUGUACUAUAAAGGACCCAGCCUUUCGGUUGUUUCAGGACCCUUUUCUUGUGAACUUCACCCACACAAACACACUCACUCUCUCUGACCUUGUGCAUCCUCUCUUCUCCUUCUGCAAAUUCAUAGAGACUAGAGAGAGAGAGAGAGAGAAUGGGGUUGUUUAGAGACAAGGGAGUGGUUUACAAGGCGGUGGAGAAAGUUGAUCUUGGCCCUCACAGUGAUGAAUUCUAUCUCCAAGCCAAUGUCAAAGCUCCUCGCAUGGCCGGACUCCUGGUGAAGAUCUUCGUCUGGUUCUUGGAGUCUAGGAUAUUCGGACCGGUGCUGUUAUUCUUCCUCAAGAAAAACAAUCUCAUUCACAAGCUUGUUUCAAAUGCAGAGAUAGAGGAACCCCCAGUCUUUGUUCCCUUGCACCCAUUUGAAGAACUGAACGAGCAAGAAGUGAUUGAGAUAGAUCCUAAUCUGUCCGUGCCGGAAAAGGUUCAGAAAGCAGUGAAUGCAAUAGCUCCGCCGGUUGAAAAAUUAGUAGAUAGCAUGAAGCCUUCUUUCCGCCGAUGGACUAUAAUGGACUACUCGAGAGCCUAUAGCUCAGGAGUGCUAACUCCUCUCAAGGUGGCACAGAGAUUUAUAGCUGCUGUCAAAGAAUCUUCCACUCGACCGUUGCCAAUGGCCUUCUUCAUCAACUGCGACUCCGAAGAUAUUCUGAGGCAAGCUAAAGAGUCGACCCUCCGUUAUGAAAGAGGAGAGCCAAUUUCUGCAUUGGAUGGAGUACCGGUCGCCGUCAAGGAUGAGAUAGAUUGCUCUCCAUACCCUACCACAGGCGGUACGAAGUGGUUGCACAAGUUCAGAACUUGUCAGGGGGACGCAUGCUGCGUUAUGCGCCUCAGGUCUUGCGGAGCUAUACUUGUCGGUAAAACAAAUAUGCACGAGCUCGGCGCUGGAACAAGUGGGAUAAAUCCUCAUUAUGGAACUGCUAGGAAUCCAUAUGAUAGCAAAAGGAUCGCCGGAGGUUCUUCGAGUGGAUCUGCUGCUGUGGUUUCUGCAGGAUUGUGUCCUGUUGCUCUUGGCGUUGACGGGGGAGGAUCCGUGCGGAUGCCUGCAGCUCUUUGUGGCGUGGUUGGUUUAAAGCCGACUUUCGGACGUGUGCCACAUGAGGGCGUUCUUCCUCUGAAUUGGACAGUUGGGAUGGUUGGUAUACUUGCCGGAACAAUCGAGGACGCUUUCAUCACUUAUGCAGCAAUAAGUGGCCAACCUGUUCCUCAUAGUCCGACCCUCCCAUCGCCAAAAGAAUACUAUCCCUUAUUGAAGCCCACUACGCCUAUUUCCGGCAUCAGAUUGGCAAAGUACAGAAAGUGGUUCGAUGAUUGCCGUGAUGAAAUCAAGAAAUGUUGUUCACAUGCAUUGGACCAGCUUCACAAACAGUAUGGUUGGGAGACUCUGGAGGUGACUAUACCGGAGAUAGAAGUGAUGCGACUAGCACAUUACACAACAAUCGCGUCCGAGUGCCACACAGCACUCAGUCCAUAUCUAGAGAAACUGGAUGUCGCAGAGUUAGGAUGGGAUGCUAGGGUGGCACUCGGCGUAUAUGGUUCCUUCAGCAGCCAGGAGUAUAUUAAGGCCCAGAGAAUUAGGAACCGGCAGCUGCAAUUUCACAGGAAGAUAUUUGCUAAAGCAGAUGUCAUUGUGUCACCAACAAUAGGGGUAACUGCAUAUGAGAUCUUCGAUGAUGCUCGCGAAACUGGUGAACUCGAUUACAUAAAUGGAGCUGCACUUGUGCGUUAUUCAAUAGCAGGAAAUUUUCUAGGAUUGCCUACCAUUACGAUCCCGGUUGGAUAUGACAAAUUGGGGUUGCCAAUUGGCCUUCAGUUUAUCGGAAGGCCGUGGUCUGAGCCGACAUUGAUCCAUGUAGCGCAUGCCAUGCAGGCCCUGUGCAUAUCUGAGUGCGGAAAGCCAGAAGUAUUCUAUGAUCUGCUCAAGGAGAACUAAUUAAUGGGCAGAGAGAUCUUUAUGCACCCGCUUGACGCUUCUGUAUCUGAAAUCAGCGGAAACAGUUUGGUUUUGGAAUAAAAAUUCCCUUGCACCUUUAUUCGGCGAUACACCAUCGAAAACUUUCCCUUUGCCUUUCAUAAUUGCUGUUUACGUGAUGAAAUAUUCCAGUCAGGGACCGGGAAGAUGGAGUAAACUUAGCAUGGCCCUCGAACACCCAACAAAAACAGUAUGGCUUUUGCAAGUGACUAGAUGUGUACAGAAUUUUUUUUUUUUUUUGGCUGGCAAGAGUGACUUUGAAACCAUCCAAUGUCCUCAUUUACAAAAUGACUCCUCCAUGCCGCAACUUUUCUAAUGGAUAGUUUGAUUCAGACUAUAAAAAUGGAGAAGAGAACCAACAAGUACAUGACAAGUUCCUGGAUACGGGUCGGGUCAUACCUACGUGCCCUCGAUCCACCCUGUUCCGAUAAAACAUAAUGUUCCUACAAUUAACAAGCAUAAAUAGAUACCUUCAUGUAAUCUUGAUAGUUCUUUUAUGAGAUUAUGACAGUUG